AUGGCGACACAAGUUAAAGUUAAAAAAAUUAAAAGUGUGAAGAGAAAGAAGAGACACACCUGCCCCCACUGCGAGUACAACACGUUGCUAUGCUGCAACAUGAAACAGCACAUCAGGAUCCACACAGGGGUGAAACCGUACAAGUGCCGGCAGUGCGAGUACGCUGCAAUCACCAGUAGCGCCCUGAAGAAGCACACCAUCGCUAAACACACCAACAUCCGGCCGUACCGCUGUCAGCACUGCGACUUCACCUCCGCGUGGCCGGGCGCCCUGAAGAGGCACGUCCUGGCGAAACACCGCGGUGAGAGACCGUACCGUUGUGACCAGUGUGACUUCGCCACCGCUUGGAAGUACCCCCUGCAGAGGCACGUGGAGGCGAAACACACCGAUAGGAGACCUUACCGGUGUCAGGAGUGUGACUUCGCGUCAUCGCGGAUGGUCUCCCUGAAGGAGCACACCAUGGCGAGGCACACCGGUGAGAGACCAUUUCUGUGCGGCCACUGCGGGUUCUCCACCACCAAGAAGCGCCACCUAGCGAAUCACAUCUGGGCGAAGCACAGCGACGAGAAACCGUUCCACUGCGAGCUCUGCGACUACUCCGGAAAGACCAGGGACCAGCUCGCGAAGCACGUCAGGAGACACAGCAACUACAGGCCGCACGCGUGCUCACGGUGCGACUGCUCGUCACCGAUCAAACAAGAUUUGCAGGUCCACCUCCUUACUCACAUGAUGAAUUCACUGAGCUGUACGGUGUGCGGUUACUCCACCAUUGAUAAAAGUCGUUUCAAGCGGCACAUUGCUAGGCACACCGGUGAGAAACUCCACAAAUGUGAGUUCUGCGACUUUUCCGCAGCCUACAAGUCCAGGGUGAAGCGACACAUGGCUAAUAGACACGCCAUUGAAACGCACCGAUGCGAAGUGUGUGGCUACUGUACAGGACAAAUGCCUGACUUAAUACAGCACAUCGCCGCACACGCAAGCAACACAGUGACUGACUAG